CAUGGACCUUGAGAUGUCUGACAUUCAAGAUGGAGCUACUGAGCUCAGGAGGGAGGUCAGGACUGAGUCUGGGGCUUGGGAGCCAUUGACUUAUUGGUGGAAUUUUAUAAAACCUUGGGCUUGAAAGAGAAGCAGAGGACGGCCUGCAGAACUUCCUAGUUUUUUCCAUGGCAAGGCCACCCUGAUGCAGGCAGCAUUGACCACUCUGUUAUAGACAGCAUCCUGGACACUGAGGCCCCUCAGUUUCCCUGGUAGGGAAACGCUGGGAUGGCAAGAACCAGGGGACAGGAAAGACCACCAAUCUGUGGUCACACUAGAGGUCAGGUGGAAUAAGUUAGGGUUACGGUUAAGGCUGAGAAGGAGGUGAGAGGUGGAGGAUGCAGGAGAGGAAGGACAGACAGCAUCCACAAACACCAAGUACCUGUGUGUGAUCCAGUCUGAGAAGAGGCAGGGAGGUGGAGUUUGACCUCCCAGAGAGGCUGUGGCUGGACCAUGUGAGAGCUGAGGUAGGAAUUCAGGAGGAGAAAAACAACAACAACAACAAAAAAAAAACCCACAGCCAGCUGAUUCUCCCUGAAGAAUGGACUUUGGGAUGCCUCUGUCAGCUCCCCCUCCUGCCCUUUCCUCCCCUCACCCCACUGCUCCCCAGGAGACUGGGUCACCCUGAACCUUGCUACUUCCUGCUCCUAGCAGCCACUGCUUACACUAUGGAGCUGUGGGUGCAGCUGAAGCAGGCGGGACUGGAGCCCCCAGGGCUGGGGCCACCCCCCAAGGCCCUAAGGAGACCCCCACCAGAGGGGAGCCCUGGCCAGACUCUUCUGUCCCCAGGGGAAGAACCUGGAGGUGCCAAGGAGAGUCUGCUGUGGAUCUGGGAGGAGCUGGGAAACCUGCGCCGUGUGGAUAUCCAGCUGCUGAGUCAGCUGUGCAGCCUGGGGCUGGAGAUGGGGGCACUGCGGGAGGAACUGGUGGCCAUCCUGGAAGAGGAGGAGGAGGAGGAGAGCACCAGUGAGGAGGAGGAGAAGGAGGAAGAGCCCCAGGGGAAGCAGGAGGAAGGACACCUGGGGACCGCCUGCCCAGUCCCACGUCUCCCUGACUUUGAGAUGACUAUCUGAAAUGCUUUAGUUUGAUGCACAAAUGAAAUAGAGAUGUAUGCAAAGGAGAGGGGAGAUUUGCAGGUCAAAUCCAGUUUGAGGUCAGCGGGCACUCCCGAGCUGGUUCUUUCUCUGAUGAUGUUUGAGAUGAGAUCUAGGCAUUGGUCUGUGACUAUAGGUGGGUUUGACUGCAGGUGAUAUGGAAGGUAUACAGAGACACCACAGAAGAGCCUCAGAUGUGGCCGGGGAGAUGUGUGUCUUUGCAAAUAUGGUGGAGAUGCUUGCAGAUUAGGGUGAGGGUCAGUGCCAUCCAGUGAAGUAGCCACCAGCCAAGCAUGGCUGUUGAGCACUUGACACAUGGUGAAUUCAAGUUGAGAUGUGCCCUGGGUGUAAAAUAUGCAUCAGAUAAAA